CCAAAUAGUGCGUUACCUAACUCAUAGUAAAAGCUACAGUAAUAAACGUGAAUAAAUUAUCAACAGAAACUAGCCGAACAGCUGAUGCUGUUGACAUUUUCAUUUACAUACAUUCGUUCUUGCUUGCUUGGAAGUUUAGUGGUCACUAUCCAUUAUUUACACACAAAUUUUAACUUUUCUGUGAAAUGUUCUAAAGUCCUUAGUCUCAGGUUGCAAAACGAAAACAUGAACCCUUCGUGUCGUUUUGUGAUUCUCAACAAAUUCGAUAAAAUUAUUGUUCGUAACCUCACAAAAGUUGCUCCCAAAAAGUCGAAAUGGCAAAGUGUAGUCGGACUGGAAGUCCACGCCCAAAUAUCAACAAACUCAAAGUUGUUUUCAGGUAGUGGCUGCGCGUUUGGGUCUCCUCUAAACUCCUCGGUCUCGUUGUUUGAUGCAGCUAUUCCGGGUACUCUGCCGGUUUUGAAUAAGCAUUGCGUCGAACUUGCAGUAAAGACGGCCCUUGCCCUGAAUUGCGAGAUCAAUCCAGUAUCCAUGUUUGAUAGGAAACACUACUUUUAUGCAGAUUUACCGGCCGGCUACCAAAUCACCCAACAGCGCGCCCCUCUGGCUAGAAAAGGGCAAAUAACGUAUCCAGUUUUCACCCCAGGUGUAACAAAGAAACCUUACUACAAAACAGUGCGUCUUCAUCAACUUCAAUUGGAACAGGAUAGCGGCAAGUCUCUGCAUGAUGAUCUAGCCGGCAGGAGUCUUGUCGAUCUUAACCGAGCAGGUGUACCCCUAAUGGAACUAGUUUUCGAACCUGACAUAGAGGAUGCAGAAGAAGCUGCUUCAUUAGUUAAGGAACUAGCUCUAAUUCUCAAAAGCCUUGAGUGCUGUUCUUGUAAAAUGGAAGAGGGAGCCCUUCGAGUAGACGCGAACGUCUCGUUGCACAAACCAGGCACACCUCUGGGAACUCGUACGGAAAUAAAAAAUAUUGGAUCAAUUCGAAAUGUAGCCCAAGCAGUAAACUAUGAAAUCGAACGACAACGCGUCCUGCUUGACGCCGGUGAAGAAAUUCAAAAUGAGACCCGGUCCUGGGAUGCUGCUUCCAAACGAACGGUAGCUAUGAGAGAUAAGGAAGUUCAACAGGACUAUCGAUUCAUGCCAGAGCCAAAUCUUCCCCCACUUCACUUGGCGAUGGAUACAGCGAGUGCUUCAAAUGAGGAACUCGUAAACGUACAAGCGAUAGUUCAUGCGAUGCCAAUGCUGCCGGAGGAUAAAAGGAAAAGACUGGCAGAAAUGUACAACCUUCCGCAAGAGACUUUAAUUAUUCUUGUGAAUGAGGAAGUACUUUUAGACUAUUUCACUCAAAUCAUGGACAGUAAAUUAGAGGUUCCCCCAAAAACCGUGGCCAAUUUCCUCAUAAAUGAUUUACUUACUUUCUGCAAUCGCGAAAAUAUCUCAGUAAAUGAAUGCAAAAUUUCCUCAAACCAAUUCAUUGAUUUAUUCAAACUUAUGCAAGCGCAGACAAUCAAUUUGCAUUACGCACGUUUGCUACUCAAUGAAAUGCAUUCACAUCCGGACAAAGUACCGGCACAGAUAACGAAGGAAAAAAAUUGGGAGCAAAUAAACGAUCCGGAAAAAAUUGAGGAGCUCUGCCGGGAAUGUGUUAAAAAUAACCCAAAAGUGGUUGAACAGUUUAAAAAGGGAAAAGAAAAAUUAUUGUAUGCUCUCGUAGGGGAUGUAGCGAAGAAAACGGAUCAGCGAGCAAAUAUGGCGAUGGUUGUGGAGAAGCUACAACAAAUGUUGAAAAGUUGAAUUUCACUGUUGAAGGUUUAGUGUUAGAGAAUGUGAUAUUUGAUUACAUCUUUGCAAUCAA